AUGAAGAACGCUUUUUGCGAGGAUCAGGAAAUGGAAUUAGAAGGCUCUCCAAUCGCGGAGACGACUUCUUACGUAGAUCUCGAGCUUUCGAUGAACAUGGAGAACGAUCUGAAAGAAGAACUAAACAAGAGGCAAAGGGCAGCUUGGACCACCUUCGGGCCCCUAAAGGAAGCCAUAAACCGAAUGACAGACACAGGGCUCCGAGCUAACCUGUUCGAUUCAACUGUUCUUCCUGCGCUCUGCUACGCAGCAUAG